UAAGCAUGAUAAAGUAGUUGGACUACGUAACGUUCACUGACAGCGUAUUCCCAGGCCUGGCACAUCUGUUGUGUUUGCUAACGAUUUGUCACAGUCUUUUCAAAUUCUGCAAACGCAAGCACAUAUUUUCACUUAAAUUUCCUAUUUUAUGUAGUCUCAAUUUUGCCGGUGCAAUUUUGUCUAAAUCACCAUCAUGAGUUCGGGUGGUGUCUACAGUUAUGCGAUGCCGCACGACGUGGUCGAUUUUAAAGGUCAGAAUUACGAGCAACUCAAGGCGAAUCUUCUGGGGGAGCGCCGCGUGUUUGAGGACCCGACGUUCCCAGCAAGCGAUGCAUCCAUUCGUUUGAAGAAGCCGCUCGGAGGAGGGAGGAUCGUGUGGAAGCGACCGUGGGAAAUUUGUCGCGAUCCAUGUUUCAUCAGAGAUGGUGUCAAUGCAGCUGAUAUCGACCAGGGCGCGCUUGGUGACUGCUGGUUUAUUUCUGCCACCGCAUGUCUCGCCACCGAUGACCAACGUCUCUUCUACAACGUGGUCCAGCCGAAGGGACAGUCCUUUGCCCCACACGAGUAUGCAGGAAUCUUCCAUUAUCGGUUCUGGAGGUUCGGCCAGUGGAAGGAUGUUAUCAUUGACGACCGCCUCCCCACCAUGUAUGGCAAGCUAGUUUUCGCCCACAACGUCACUGAACCCAACGAAUUUUGGGGGGCCCUGAUGGAAAAGGCAUAUGCCAAAGUCAAUGGAAGUUACGGUAACAUCGAAGGAGGCAAGAUUCAAGAUGCACUUGUUGACUUCACCGGCGGAAUCUCGGAAGUCUACAAUCUAACCGAUAAGCAGAACCUACCGAAGGACCUGUUCAGGAUAAUCCAAAAGAGUGUCAAGGCAAAGUCUAUGCAGGGAGCUUCCAUAUCUGCGAGCCAAAGAGAACGGGAAGCCAGUUUGACGAACGGACUCUUCAAGGGGCACGCUUACAGUGUUAUUGAUGUCAGACAGAUCAGGACACUGGAUGGUCGGUCUCACAACCUUAUGCAGCUGAGAAAUCCUUGGGGCCAUGGAGAGUGGAAUGGGGAUUGGUCAGAUAAAUCUCCUGUAUGGAAUCAGGUUUCCGACAGUGAGAAACGAGGCAUAGAUUUCGCGAGGGCAGAUGAUGGAGUGUUCUGGAUGUCAUUCGAGGAUUGGCUCGCGAACUACACAGAAUUUCAAAUAUGCCAUCUCUCCCCAGAUUCCUUGACAAGCGACUCGGCCAAGACGAAGUGGCAGUGUGUUCGUCAUGAUGGUGAAUGGGUACAUGGGGUCAGCGCUGGUGGAAGCGGCAACCCACCUUACCAAACGCUCUACUGGAGUAACCCUCAGUACAGCGUUCAUUUACAAGAUGCGAACAAGGAUGACGACAGUGAUGACUGUACCAUGAUCAUUUCCCUGAUGGAGAGAGACAACCGGGCAAACAGUGUCGCCACCGCCAUGGAUAUCUAUAAGCUCAAGCAAGGUAUGCCUGUUCUCCUGACUGGCGAAAACUAUGAGAAGAAGGCAUUGCGUUACUUGAAGAAUACUGGGUCGUAUUCCUUCUACCGAGAAGUUACCAUGCGUUUCGUCACGGAUCCUGGCGUCUACGUCAUUGUGCCGAGCACCUUUAAGCCCGGCGAAGAGAAAAAGUUCAUGUUUAGGAUAUUCACUGAAAAACCUAUUUCUUCUGCAGAAGUCGAUACCCCAACUGGCCCGAUCUCGUCGACAAACCCGCAGCAGGAUGUCUUGAAGAAGGCGUUUGACACCUAUGCGGGACAAGAUGGUGCCAUUGAUGCCAAGGAGCUCAGACACGUACUGAAGGCAGUAUUCCAUGGAAGUGCUGACGUUGCGGAAGAAGAUUUCUUCGACAUCGAAACCUGCAGAGCUCUCAUUGCGAUGAUGGACGACAACAAGUCGGGUCUGAUGGACUACGAUGAGUUCCGUAAGAUGUUAGCCGAGAUGAAGACCUGGAAGGAAAAGUUUGAUAAAUAUGACAAGGACCAGUCAAACAGCAUUGAUGCUAAUGAGCUGAGAAGCGUCUUCAACAGCAUUGGUUUCAACAUCAGUCGUAAGGUCCUGCUUCCCAUUGUCCGGCGUUAUGGUGGCAAGCAGCAUGCCCUCAGCUUCCAAGACUUUGUGGUAGCCAUGACCAAGGUCAUGAGCAUGUACAAGGCUUUCAGCAAAUACACAAAGAAAGGAGAGCCCAACAUUGCCCGAGUCACGCUCGAAGAAUGGCUGGUGGAAUCCAUAUAUUCGUAGGAUGCGAGAUAUCACAAAUUAUCGUUGGCUAUAUGCAUUUUCAGUCAAAUGGUUAAGGCAGAUAUAUACUCAAAAUUCACGGUUACGAGAUAAAUAACAUUUUGUUAUGCGCAAUGUAGGAAGAAGCUGCGGGGCUUUUUAACAUUACUUACAUAAUCGGUAAAUAAGUAGUGCAAAUCCCGACAUAGGGCCUAUAAGAUACACGAGAAAUGGGAAACAUGUCAUUACUGGUGUGCACGGUGACUUAAGAGAAGAUAUGAUA